ACAUGGCCAAAACAUGAAAUACGAGUAUUUUAUAAGAAACAAUUUACACGUAUUCAAGCAACGAUGAGCUAUCGCUUAAUUUCAUGGGGUGCCAAUUCUCAUGGUCAACUUGGACAAGGCAUUCGUUCGGAAGAAUGCCUUUUGCCGCAAGAAGUUAAUUUAUCCGGAUGUUCGUUAGAACCACGUAGAAUACGUAAAAUAGUCGGCGGUGCUGGUCACUCCCUAAUUUUAGACGAUCGCGGUCGCGUUUAUUCCUGUGGCUGGAACAAUAAAGGACAAACAGGUUUUCCUACGCAGCAGGAUGUUCUUUUGUUUCAAGAAAUAGGUGGUAAACUCGAAGACAAUGUUAUCGUGGACGUCGCAUGUGGCUGGGACUGUUCCGCGGCAUUAACAAUAGAAGGUACCUUAUUUCUAUGGGGGUCUAAUUCUUUCGGACAAUUGGGAAAACACCCGAGUGAUUUUCGAUGGACACACGAACCUUUCGUGCUUCUAAUUGAUCGAAAAAUCAAAGGAAUUUCUUUUGGCUUAAGGCACACUGCACUAGUAACGGACGAUCAUAAAGUUCUAGUAGCGGGUGCAGGUAACAGAGGACAAUUGGGCUUAAGUCCGUCAAAGAACGAACCGUUUUUAAAUGCCGCAUACAAUUUCGUGGAAGUUCCAACUUUGACGAAUGUGCGCAGCGUUAGUUGCGGUCAACAUCAUACGAUCGCAAUUGAGGAUAACGGGGACCUUUAUGCUUUCGGCGACAAUAAACACGGACAAUUAGGCUUAAAUAGCGAUAUAAUCCCAAAUACAUCAUUUCCAAUGAAAUUAUUAGAUACGCAAUUUAAAUCACCACCUAAGAUUCAGUGCGGUUGGUCGCAUACAGUUGCAUUAAGCGAUGGUAAUGUUUUUUCGUGGGGCAGAAACACGUAUGGGCAGUUAGGCAUUGAGAAAUUCGAGGGAUUAUCUUGGGAAGCUGUACGACUCGCAAACGAAUCGAAAAUUCAUCAGGUUUCAGUUGGAUCAGAACAUAACGUUGCUUUAACAGAAAACGAUAAAAUCAUAUGUUGGGGUUGGAACGAACACGGAAAUUGCGGAAAUGGAUGCAGACGAGAUGUUAAAUCUCCGGAGCAGCUUAUACUUCCGUUUGAUUACGCGGGAAUUCGCGUCGGUUGCGGUGCAGGUCAUUCAUUCGCUGUAAUAAAGAAAUCAUAAAUUUUAUUGACGAAAUACAUGUUCCAAAUGUUA